AUGACUGAUACCGUCAAAAAGAUGGACACAACGACAACAAAAAAGGCCAUUCCAAAAGUGCCUGAAGUUUUAUUAAAAAAACGUAAACUUUAUGCUGAUAUUAAAGCAAAACGACUUCGUUCUCAAGUACAAGCUACAAAAAAUAAAAAAUACAAACGUUUAGUUAUAUUCAAACGAGCCGAACAAUACGUUAGUGAAUAUCGUAAGAAAGAACGAGAUAUAAUUCGUCUUAAACGUUCAGCUAAAGUUCGUGAAAAUUAUCAUGUCGAAGCCGAACCAUCACUUGCUUUUGUUAUUCGUAUUCGUGGUAUUCGUGGUGUACAUCCACGUGUAAAACAAGUUUUACGUUUAUUUCGUUUACGUCAAAUAAAUAAUGGUAUAUUUAUUAAACUUAAUAAAGCUACUCUUCAAAUGUUACGUAUUGCUGAACCUUAUAUUGCAUGGGGUUAUCCAAAUUUAAAAUCGGUUCGUGAACUUGUUUAUAAACGUGGUUUUGGAAAAAUAAAUAAACAACGUGUACCAUUAUCGGAUAAUAAUGUUAUUGAAAAAACUCUCGGUAAAUACAAUAUUAUUUGUAUGGAAGAUCUUGUUCAUGAAUUAUUUACUGUUGGAGAAAGUUUUAAAAAGGCAUCGAAUUUUCUUUGGCCAUUUAAACUUAAUAAUCCAAAAGGCGGUUGGCGUAAGAAAGCCAAUCAUUUUGCUGAUGGUGGUGAUUUUGGUAAUCGUGAACAAUAUAUAAAUCAAUUGUUACGUAAAAUGGUUUAG